CUCGCUCAAUGGACAUUCGCCCCCUCUUCCGUGGCAACCUUAUUGAAUAGACAUUUCCUCAUCACGCCUCUACUGACUAGCAGCAAGUUACGCCAAAAUGCCGGGGCGCUCGAAAGUUCAGAAGCUGUCCAUAUGUGGCAUCCGGUCCUUCAGCCACAAGGAUACCAUGGCCAUUGAGUUCAAGGCGCCUCUGACCCUCAUCGUCGGCAUGAACGGCUCGGGCAAGACGACCAUCAUCGAGUGCCUCAAGUAUGUCACAGCCGGGGAGGUGCCGCCCAAUUGUGCCAAUGGUCAGUCCUUUGUACACGAUCCAAAGAUGUCGGGCGAGAAGGAAGUCAUGGCGCAGGUCAAGCUCCUCUUCACGUCAACAGAGGAUGUUCGUAUGGUGUGCUCGCGGAGCUUGUCUGUCACAGUCAAGAAGGAUAGUCGGACCUUCAAGACUCUCGAAGGCAGCAUCCGCAUGCAGAAGGGAGGUGAACGUAAUGUCAUCAGCUCGCGUGUCGCCGAGAUGAACACUGCCAUGCCGCGCUUUCUGGGUGUUUCCAAAGCCAUUCUAGAGAACGUAAUCUUUUGUCAUCAAGAGUCAUCACUGUGGCCCAUGUCUGCUCCCAAAGAUCUGAAAAUCAUCUUUGACACCAUUUUUGAGGCUCACAAGUACACAAAAGCGAUCGAGAACAUCAAAGUACUCCAAAAGAACAAGCGGCAGGAACUCGUGGUGCUGAAGCAGGGCGAGGAUCAUGCUAAAGCUGAUAAUGAAAAGGCAAAGCGACUCAAGCAGCAAGAAGAGCGCUUGUUACAGCAGUGUAACAAGCUGAACGAGCAGAGUGCAGCUAUUGAGAAAAAGAUUCGGGAGGCUCAGCGUGAGUGGGAAAAGGUUUCUAAUCAGCUCGGAGAGGUCAGCGUUGUCGUUGGCGAGCUUCAUGGCAAGCGCAUCGAGCGUCAGACCAAAGAAGAAAGCGUCAAAAUCUUGCGUGAGAAUCUAGACGAACUAGAGGAGUCCGACGAAGACCUCCAAAGAAUGCUUGAACAGCAUGCAGAGCGCAUCGGCAUAUACGAGCAAGAGCUGCAAGAGAGAAAGAAGGACUACGCCGACAAAGAGGCGGAGCUGGGAAACGCUCGUAAACAGCAGAGCAAUCGUGAGCGUGAGUGCGGCACGUACGAGGCAGAGAAGUCAAGCAACGAUCGACAAGUAGAGACUCGCAAUCGAAUGAUCCUGGAUGCUGCGCGUCUCCAUGAUAUUUGGACAACAGAUACUGUUGACGACGAGUCUGCGAGCAAAUUCAUGAAAGAGGUCACCAAAGCAGCGAAGAACCAGCAGAUCAAGUUCGAGCGUGUUCGUGCCGAGCACUUGGAGAAGGUGCAAGACCAGCAGAAGGUGCUUACUGCUUACAAUGAGCGAAUAUCUGGGCUCAAGUCGAGCAAGGUCGCAUAUCGCCAGCAGAUAGAGGCCUACGACCGCAAAAUCAGAUCGAUACAAGCUCAGAGGAACGACCUCCCCGCCGAUGAAGGCUCUAAAGCCACACUCGAGGCACAGUUCAAAGAGGCUCAGGACAAGCUGCAGACCGCCAAGGCUGACUUGGCUAACGCAACAUGGGAGGUGGACAUUGAACGUGCGACCGCUGAGCUUCGCAGACUGGAAGACCAACGUGACAGACUUGAUGCUGAGCAAAGCGAGGCAGCACAGCGCGCUGGAGACUCAGCACAGCUUGAUUUCAUUCAUAAAGAGCUCCAGGAUCGUCGGCGCAGCCUUGACACCAUGAUCAAGGCGCACACGAAGAAUCUCGAUGCUACUGUUGGUGGUGGCUGGACCGUAAAGACGCUUGAAGCUGCCUUCCAACGUGCUCAAGAUGACAGUAUGUCACAGGUCAAGGAUGCCCAGGGUCUUCGUGAUGAGUCGGUCAGACGCGCCGAGACCAAGAGCACUAGCCUGCGAGAACGCAAGGACGCCCUGGAGGCCAAGCAGCAUGAAGUGCAAGCUGCUGAGGAUGAGGUGUACAGGCUUGCAGAAUGCAAGCCAUCGGAGCUUUCAGAUGUUAUCGCAGAAUUGGAGGAGUCGCGCGAUGAGCUCAAGCAAAACACUGACAGCCUUGGACUGGUCCAAAAGUACCUCGAACAGUGUAUCUCAGAUGCAGAAAACGGCCACUUUUGUCGGACGUGUGCACGAAGCGUGAGUGCGGGCCCCGAGCUUGAAACGCUGCUACGCACUGUGAAGGCGCAGCAGCAGAAAUACGUUGCGCCUGUCGACAAUGAAGAAACACUGGCAGAGAAUAUCGAAGCCCUGGACAACGCAAAAAAGGCCAGUACUUAUGUCGACACAUGGGAGCGGCUUACACAAAAAGAGAUUCCGGCCUUGAAAGAUGACAUACGCCAACUUGAGCAGGACAGCAGGAAGCUGAGCGAAGAGGUUGCAGACCGCAAUAUGGUUGUGAAAGAGGUCGAAUCGACCCAACGUGAUGUUGGCACCCACAAGAAGACUGUUGAAAAAAUCAUCAGCCUGUCGCAACAGAUCGAGACGUUCCAACACCAGAUCAAGGAGCUCGCUGCCAAACAGGAAUCCGCAGGCCUGUCUCGCGGGCUCGAGGCCAUUCAGGCUGACAUCAAGAAGGCCGAUAAUAAGCGCAAGGAUCUCGUCGCUGAACAGUCAGCGGCUACCAACGCUCGAGACAGAAAGAAGACUGCCAUCAGCGCGCUGGAGCUGGAGAUCAGCAAUGUCAACGGCGAACUGCGGCGAGUAGAGUACAAUCUCAAGCAGAAGACGGCUCUAGCUGAGCAGGAACAGGAGCAAAAGGACUCGAAGUCAGAUGCGCAACAGCACGUGCGUGGCAUCGACAUUAAGCUCGAAGCAGAGAACUCCGGGCUCAAUACCCAGCAGGAGAUCUACAGAGACAUUACUCGUCGAGGGGAUGAAGCAGACCGCGAACAGCAGGAAAAGGCAAAUAAGCUGAACAACACAGUGAACAAGUUGAAUAGUGUUGUACAAGACAUCAAGGCGUAUCUCGACCGAGGUGGUGAUGGUCAAUUGGCACGUGCACAGGAAGCACAGAGGAGCGCGGAGGCUGAAGUUGCGCGCAUUCAGUCCGAGCAGCGUCACAUCAUCGCCGAUAUCAAGGAGCUGGAGCAGCGUAUCGGCACGUACGCAGGCAUGAAGCGUAGCAUUGUGGAUAAUCAACGUUUCCGGCGCGACUUCAGGCAGCUCGAGGCUGUACAAGCUGAUAUUGCGGAGCUGGAAGCACGUGGCGCUGAAGCAGACGCGAGCCGUCUGAACAAACAGCGCGAACUCUGGAAAGACCGACGAAACGAGCUUGCUUCUGAUCAGGCCGGCGUGAUUGGCGAACUCAAGGGCCUGGAUCGCGAGCUCACGGAGGCGCAGGCUCUCUAUCAGUCCGAGUACAACGAUGCGGGCAAGAAGUACCAAGCGGCACACAUCAUGGUGGAAACGACCAAGGCAGCCAUCAAUGACCUGGGUCUCUAUUGGGGUGCGUUGGACAAGGCCAUUAUGAAAUUCCACACGCUCAAGAUGGAGCAGAUCAACCAGAUCAUUGACGAGCUCUGGCGUCAAACGUACAUGGGUACGGAUGUGGACACGGUGCUCAUUCGCAGCGAAGGUGUGGACGGCACGGCGCGAGGCAACAAGUCGUACAACUAUCGGGUUGUCAUGGUCAAGCAAGACACAGAGAUGGACAUGCGCGGUCGCUGUUCGGCGGGGCAGAAGGUGCUCGCGUCCAUCAUCAUCCGACUGGCGCUCGCCGAUGUGUUUGGCCAACAGUGUGGGAUGAUUGCGCUAGACGAGCCGACCACGAACCUGGACAUCAACAACAUUCGCGCGUUGGGCAAGAGCCUGUCGGAAAUCAUCAAAAUCCGACGAGGGCAGGCCAAUUUCCAGCUGAUAGUCAUUACGCACGACGUGGAUUUCCUGCAGUACAUGAAUUGUGGCGACUACACGGACGAUUACUGGCUCGUGUCUCGCGAUGAGAAUCAGCACACGGUCAUUGACAAGCAGAACAUUGCUGCUGUGCUUUGAGAGUGAGAGAGUGGAGAGAGUGUUAUGAUGUUGACAUGUACAUGUACGAGUAGGUACCUGUAUCUGUAGUUCAGCGAGGCGCUCGGGGAAAUGGAGCAUUACCUAGGCUACCUUGCCUACCUACCUACCUGUACCUGACCGGAGCUGAUCUUUUUACUACUGUUCCACGUGCACAUAUGACGGGGAUCGAGCUACAGCAGGUUCUUCCAAGCUGUGGCGGUGAAUGAUGUGGAUGACAUGUUUCCGAACCAAUGCACUACCUCAUUGUACAUGUAAUAGGUAGGUACCUGUAGGUACCUUCCAUGAUGAAGAGAAGCCUAUACCUGAGGUAUACAUGUGUAUGUAAUAGGUACAUAACCC